AUGGAUCCACACGUGUUCCAGACGAAGCUGGCGCUGGCUGAGAGCACUGAGACGCGCGACAGCUGCGUUGAGCUGCUGCGUUACGUCCGCAGAGAGAAAUUGCGCGAGUCCGGCGCUGUCGCACGCGUGGGAAAGCUGCUAGUGACCAAACACCGCCGAGGACUCGGCGACGAACUGUGGACGGUGUACGAGCAAACGUUCAUCGCCGCUCUGGACCUGCACGAUGACGAGCUGGCUGAGACCUGUCUCAAGGCGCUGCAAAGCCAGUUCCUAGACAGCUCCCGCGUUGCGCGGCUGGAGGGUAUGCAGCUCGAGCAGCAAAGUGAGUUCGAAAAGGCGUUGGCACUAUACGACAAGCUGCUGGAUGCCAAUCCGGCCAAUGCGUUGGUGCUGAAGCGCAAGAUUGCAGUGCUCAAGGCGCAGAAAAGGACCGCAGACGUUAUCGCUGCGCUCAAUGAGUUCCUGCGCGGCUUUGGAACGGACCAUUCAGCUUGGACUGAACUGGGCGAGACGUACCUGUCGAUUGGCACGUAUCGCUACGCCGCCUUUUGCUACGAGGAGCUGGUGCUGUUGAACCCCAUGGACGCCAUUUACCACAGUCGACUAGCAGAUAUUUACUCGACGAUUGGCGGUCUGGAGAAUCUGCUGAAGGCGCGCAAGCACUACGCCCACUCGCUCGAGCUGAACAAGAAGCAGAACCUCCGAGCUUACUUUGCACUGGUGACCUGCACCAAAGCAAUCGCAAUGCAGCGUGCCUACCGUGCGGACCAAGACGAUGAUGGAAUCAACGAGCGGCUGCAGACGUUUGCACUCAACUGCAUCCAGGACAUUUAUGCCACCUACUCGUCUCCUGAUCUUGCUGGAAUCGCGCAAGCGACGAUCACGGCUCUGUAA